CUUGUUGAUGAGAACUGACGUGCUGAGGGAGGGGCUCGGCAGUGGGACGAGUGUCAAGGCCACGUGCUUGUGUCUCAUUCUACUCCUGCUGCCCUGGACGCUCUCAGUUUUCCUCCACUCAUCAUGUUGUCUGUGGGUUCCGUUAGCAGCGUGACAGGGAGAGGCGUGUGUGUGUGAAUCGCGAUUGUUCGUGUCUCUCGCUCUGCUGUUGGUCGGUUUUUUCGCCCUCUCCUUGUUUACUGCGCAGCACAAUGGCAUACCCAGCAGAAACUUCUGGUCGAUCUCCCCUUUUAUAUCGUGUGGAAAGAAAAGAGAUUGUCAGCUCUUCUAAUCGGGUUUGUUUUUACUGAAACUAUCCUCCUCCUCCUUCCCAGUCUCUUCCAUCCGUACAUGUAGACUGGAAGAAACAGGUACCAUGCUAAAACUGACGGGAUUUCAGACCCAUUAUUGGCCGCUAGUGCGAUUUCUCGUCCCCCUGGCGAUCACCAAUAUAGCGGUAGAUCUCGGGGAACAGGCAUUAAACAGGGGUAUAGCAGCUGUUAAAGAGGAUGCCAUCGAGAUGCUUGCUAGCUAUGGGCUGGCCUACUCCCUCAUGAAGUUCUUCACCGGGCCAAUGAGUGACUUUAAGAACGUGGGACUGGUAUUUGUUCACAGUCGGCAUGAUAGAAUCAAGGCUGUCCUCUGCAUGGUCACAGCUGGUACUGUGGCUGCCAUCUUUCAUAUUCUAAUAGCAUAUACAGAUCUGGGAUAUUAUAUCAUUAACAAAUUACAUCACGUGGAUGAUUCUGUGGGAAGUAAAACGAGAAAGGCCUUCCUCUAUCUGGCUGCCUUCCCGAUGCUGGAUUCAUUGGCUUGGACCCACGCUGGUAUUCUGUUGAAGCAUAAAUACAGUUUAUUGGUGGGCUGUGCCUCAGUUUCAGAUGUCAUUGCUCAGAUUGUAUUUGUAUCCAUCUUGCUUCACAGUCAUCUAGAAUGCACAGAGCCUCUCCUGAUUCCUAUUCUGGCCUUAUACAUGGGAGUGAUGGUCCGUUUUACCAUGGUGGGCCUUGGAUACUAUAAGAAUGUGCAUGACAUCAUUCCUGAGAGAAGUGGACCAGAAAUGGGGGGUGAAGCCACAAUCAAGAAGAUGCUGGCUUUCUGGUGGCCUUUGGCCUUGAUUCUAGCAACUCAGCGAAUCAGCAGACCCAUAGUCAAUCUUUUUGUGUCUCGUGACCUGGGAGGCAGUCCAACAGCUACGGAGGCUGUUGCUGUUCUAACGGCUACAUAUCCAGUGGGCCACAUGCCGUAUGGCUGGCUGACUGAGCUCCGAGCUGUUUACCCUGCUUUUGACAAGAACAAUCCAAGCAAUAAACUCGGGCACAUCAUCAACAAGUCACAUAUCAAGAGGUUUACUUUCACCUGUUUGGCUGUCUCGGUCACAUUAUGCUUUGUUGUGUUCUGGACUCCACAUCUAUCAGAGAAAAUCCUGGUUAACCUGAUAGGUGUGAAUUUAGCUUUUGCUGAGCUGUGUGUGAUUCCGCUACGGAUCUUCUCCUUCUUCCCUUUCCCAGUUACAAUUCGAGCACAUCUGACGGGCUGGUUGAUGACUUUGAAGAAGACUUUUGUUCUGGCACCCAGUUCCGUGCUGAGGAUAGUGCUUCUCAUUACAAGUCUGAUUGUUCUCCCUUAUAUGGGGAUCCAUGGAGCUUCUUUAGGAGUUGGUUCACUUCUUGCUGGUUUUCUGGGAGAGUCGGCCAUGGUAGCAAUAGCAUCUUGUUAUGUUUAUCGUAAAGAGAAAAAGAAAAGAUCUCUGGAUGAAGCAGCAGCUGAGGGAGAGGACUCGGCAAUGAAUUCUGCCGUUAUCCCUGAGGAAAUGUCUGAGGUAGUGGAGUUGGAUGAAGAUGAGUGAGCAGCAUUUACACACCGCAGGGAUCACUAUGGUACAAUAUAAUAAUGUUAAACCACCCUUCACUUCUGCUUCCAUCCUUUAUUUUUCCGGAAAGUGUCUACCGACACCAAAGACAACUUCUGAUUCUGUUGCUGAAUUGCUUGUAUCAUUGGACAGGCUCAGGCGUCAGGCUUCUUGCAUGCAGUUCCAUUUCGGCUAAUACGUGGAUGAAAGCAACUUCAAAAGAAACAUCCAGAAAGUCUUCCACAGUUAAGUUGGCUGACAUCCUUCUUUCCAUGGCAUUAGCAGCACAUCUAAAACCAAAGCACAUUCACCUUUCUUUUGUUGACUAUACUGCUGCCCUGUUCUCCAUCAAUAUCUUUUGAUAGACUAAGGGUGUAUACUUGGGAUUUAUACUUUAUUUAACUGCUUGAAUAGUAUUAUGUUGUGGGUUUUUUAAUGUACAUUGCAGCUAGGUUUCCAGUGACCUGUGUGAUUUAUUGCCAUAAUGUUGCUGCUCAAGAGGUGGAGUUCUGAAGACACCAUAACCAUAAAGGACACAAUUUUGUAAAAAAAUAAAAAGGUUGAACAUAUCAAAAUAUUUUUUUACAUACCAGAAGAGUUUGAUAUCAGUAUAUUGAGGAGAACGUUACGCAUGUGGCGGUGACUUGUAAGUAAAGCAGUAAACAGGGAAAUUAAUACUGAAAAACAGACAUGACUUGAAUUUCAUAAACUCUUAAUAUUAAAUGGCAGGAGAGAACAUUACUUGAAAGGAAUGAGAUUUCAAGAUGACAUGAAAUUUGACAUCUUAAGUAAUGUGUUCAAAAUAGUUUAUUAGCCACCUAUAAACAAACGUGUUACACCGUUUUGAUACAUGUGUGAUACAUCAGAGCAUUGUAUAUUGUAAAGCAAUGGGUACCAUGUAAUUCAAAUGAAUUCCAUUUUUUUUUCAUUGCAGCUUGUUAGAGCGAGUGUUUACAUGCUGAGGAAUGGCUGUUUCUUCCAGUUUAUGAAUGUUGUAGCUCAGUGGUUGGUUGGUUGGUUUCUGUGGAAGAGUGACACCAGCACAGGCAUAGCCCAAUUUUACCAAUACCCCUUUAUUGUAUGAAGCAACAUUUUUUUCUCUGCACAUUACAUCAAGGACUCAAAGCAGCCUAACUUUCAGUCAGUGUUUACUGGGACAUGAGGCCGAGGAUAUUUGAGAACCCAUUUGAGAAGCUCCUAAUCUGCUACAGAUAACCUCCAUCUUGUUUUCCUCCUUCCCAUCCCAGUCUGAUUGGCAUUCAUUUUACAGACCAUUAUUUUAAUCCAAUCUUUCCUUAACUUAAUUUGCAUCGCUAAUCAACAAAUAUAUUGAAAGUGCUAUAUAGAAGAAAACCCUUUCUUAUUGGACAGUCUCACUCCAGUUCCCGGUGAGUGUGGAACCACAUCAAAGAAUCGUCUUUAAUUUGUCACUAAAAUGCCAAUCAUAUUGAGAGGCUGCACGAAUGGCUGUUGAAAUUGGGAAUGUAUUGCUCUGAUGCAAUUUGGGACAGAAGGGUACUGUUUGGGUAGAGGAAAGGAAGUUCACUCUCUAGCUAACUGUAUCUCGCUAGGUCAGGAAAUGCAUGAUUCUACCAUUUGGUGCACAAAAUUGAAAGUAUUCCGAAUUUCAGCACCGACUCCUUGAAAAAAUUAUGGAAAAAGGUUAAAACAAUUUUUUUUUUAAAUUGCACAAUCACCCAUUUUGUAAAUGAAUGUAAUACUGCCUGUAAUAAACAUUUUGUAGCAGGUGGGAAGUUGAUGUAAUUUGAAUGGAGGCACUGCAAUAUUGACAUAUAUCCUUACUCAAAGCAAUUUGUCCAUGCCGCAGGGGUAUAAAAGGGCAUGACUGCAAAGGUGUUUUGUGAGUGAAAAUGUUUUCUAACAAGCGGCCAAGCUUUAUUAUGAAUUCCAAAUACUCGAGUUCACAAUGUCUGCUAUUCUCCUGCAUAAUUUUUAGAAACAAAGGAAGCCCCUUGCCAGUUUCUCUGCAUUUAAUCACAAAUUCUUUUAACAUGACUCUUGACAUUAUUGUUGCUAAGUUGUUAGAUAUUUCAUGUAAUGAAGUUAUGAGUGUUGUGUGUAGUCGGUGGAAACUAUCCUCUAUUAUAACUAAACUGGUUUUGCAACAUGCUUUAAUUCAAAUUUCACCAAGCAGUGAAUUGUUUUUUAAAAAAAGUAUGUUUCCAUCAAUUAUAUUUAAAGCAGUCAACUAUGCUUAAUAUGCAAGCAUAAUUUUAAAAUACCAAAUAUAGAAUGUUCUUUCUAAAUAUAAUGUAUGUAUAUUUUUUCAUGGUAUUGAUAGAUUUGAAUCUAUUAUUUUGGAUCUUUGAGCUUGUGCCAUUUUUUUCAGUUGGCUACUCAAUUAAAAUGAUUUUUUCCUCACCUUGA